AGCCGCCGUUCCGUUCCCUUGUUUUCUAUAAAACCGCCUGACCCGACGGCUCCGUCCAUCGUCCAUCCGUAUUCCCGUCACAACUCACAACCCGAGCCCCCCAAACCCGAAGCAGCAGGAGCUCCCCUGACCCUGCUCCGCCUCCGAUCAAGGAAAAGGAAGAUGAGCUACUACGGCCAGCAGCCCCCCGUCGGCGUCCCGCCGCAGCAAGGCUACCCGGGGAAGGACGGCUACCCGCCAGCGGGGUACCCGCCGGCCGGCUACCCCCCGCCGGCGCAGGGCUACCCACCGCAGGGCUACCCGCAGCAGGGCUACCCGCCGCAGUACGCGCAGCCGCCUCCACAGCAGCAGCAGAGCAGCGGGCCUUCCUUCAUGGAAGGAUGCUUGGCUGCCCUCUGCUGCUGCUGCCUCCUGGACGCCUGCUUCUGACGGAACCAUCCGUGCCGGGUCCAACACGGCUGCAAGUGAAGCAACCAGCUUACGGAAGAGCUGGAACUGGGCCGUGCUAUUCUAGCUUUGUCCUGCGUUAUCGCCCUCUUUUCUUUUUUUUUUCUCUCUCUCUCUCUCUGUUAUGAGACUACUGGUACUCUGUCGAUGUCGAUUGGAUUAGACUAGGGCUGGUGUGUAUUCUGUGGAUGCUCCGUGUUUCUGGUGGGAUUCAAGUUCAACCCUGGGAUUAUUGUAUUUCUUCUA